AUGUUCGACUUUAUGGAUUCCCAGUUCCGUACACGAUGGAUUUUGAUAAUCAGUGUUUGUUGGAUUCUAACGUUUCUCCAUGUUGGUGUUGAUGGUGAGCCUAAUUUGGAGAUGACUAGCACCAGAUUACUUGGCACCUCAAUUAAUUUUACUUGUUCAUACACUGGAAACAAUCAGUUCUAUGCAUCUUUAUUCAAAGAUAAAAACGAAAUAGCAUUAAUCCCUACUUUUGGUUCGGACAACAAUGUUAGUGUUCAGUCACCUUAUGCCAAUAGAAUCACUACUUCAAAUGGAAGGUUAUUACCAUCCAAUGUAUACUAUUACAGUGUAGUUCUGUCUAAAUUACAAUGUGCUGAUGAAGGCAAUUAUUUUUGUCGUGUAAAUAUUGCUGGUAACAUUGAGGAGACAAAUAAAUCUCUUCAAGUCAAAGCAAAUGCUCAUAUGCCAAAUCUGACAGCUCCAACAAAUUUUGUUGUGCUUGGUGACACCGUGACCUUGAGCUUAAAAUCUCUCUUUGCCUCUGUCUGUCUCUGUCUCUCUCUCUCUUUGCCUCUCUGUCUCUCUCUCUCUUUGCCUCUGUGUCUCUCUCUCUCUCUCUCUCUCUCUCUCUCUCUCUCUCUCUCUCUCUCUCUCUCUCUCUCUUGCCCUCUCUCUUUGCCUCUCUCUCUCUUUGCCUCUCUCUCUCUUUGCCUCUCUCUCUCUUUGCCUCUCUCUCUCUUUUUGCCUCUCUCUCUCUUUGCCUCUCUCUCUUUGCCUCUCUGUCUCUUUUGCCUCUCUGUCUCUUUGCCUCUCUCUCUCUUUUGCCUUUGUCCUCUCUUUGCCUCUCUGUCUCUCUCUUUGCCUCUCUGUCUCUCUCUUUGCCUCUCUGUCUCUCUCUUUGCCUCUCUGUCUCUCUCUUUGCCUCUCUGUCUCUCUCUUUUCUGUCUCUCUCUGUCUCUCUCUUUUUGUCUCUCUCUCUCUCUUUUGCCUCUCUGUCUCUCUCUCUGUCUCUCUCUUUUUUUUCUCUCUCUCUCUCUCUCUCUCUUUGCCUCUCUGUCUCUCUCUCUCUCUCUCUUUUGCCUCUCUGUCUCUCUCUCUCUCUGUCUCUCUCUUUGCCUCUCUGUCUCUCUCUCUCUGUCUCUCUCUUUGCCUCUCUGUCUCUCUCUCUCUGUCUCUCUCUCUCUGUCUCUCUCUUUGCCUCUCUGUCUCUCUCUUUGCCUCUCUGUCUCUCUCUCUCUGUCUCUCUUUGCCUCUCUGUCUCUCUUUGCCUCUCUGUCUCUCUUUGCCUCUCUGUCUCUCUCUCUCUGUCUCUCUCUUUGCCUCUCUGUCUCUCUUUUUGACUCUGUCUCUCUCUCUCUCUCUCUCUUUUUGACUCUGUCUCUCUCUCUCUCUCUCUCUUUUUGCCUCUGUCUCUCUCUCUCUCUUUUUUUUGCCUCUGUCUCUCUCUCUCUCUCUUUUUUGCCUCUGUCUCUCUCUCUCUCUCUUUUGCCUCUGUCUCUCUCUCUCUCUUUUUGCCUCUCUCUCUCUCUCUCUCUUUUUGCCUCUGUCUCUCUCUCUCUCUCUUUUUGCCUCUGUCUCUCUCUCUCUCUCUUUUUGCCUCUGUCUCUCUCUCUCUCUUUUUUGCCUCUGUCUCUCUCUCUCUCUUUUGCCUCUCUCUCUCUCUCUCUUUUUGCCUCUCUGUCUUUGCCUCUCUAUCCUGUCCUUGCUAUAAAACUUGUUCCUGAUGAUCUGGUAGUUACACUAAUGGAAGGAGAAUCAAAGACCAUAGCUUGUGAGGCUCGUGGUAAGCCACCUCCUUCAUAUAGAUGGACUUUUCAGCCAAAAGUGGGUGCUGUUGACACAAACAUCUGGCCAAAAGAUCAGCAGAAUAUUUACUUAGGAUAUGUUGACAUCAGUAAUAUGGGCAUUUAUACUUGUGUUGCAAGCAACAGUAUCCGGAAUGUGACCCACAACAUGACUAAAUCCAUUACUAUUAACAUUGUUCCAACUACACCUGCUCCCACCACCAAAAUUACCACUACACCAGUAAAAACAACUUCAGGAACAAAUGGUCAAACACCAAAAACUGGCCCCCAAACAAAUGACGAAGAUGAUAACUGGAAAUUGAUUGUGGGUAUCGUGUGUGCUUUGCUAUUUCUGAUUAUUCUCCUAAUUGUGGUUGUGAUAUUCUACAGACGACGGUCGAAACCAACAGAAAUUGAAGAACCACCUGAGAAACCCCGAAACAAUCACGAAGUGAAUAUGAAAGAAACAAAACCAGAUCUUGUUUAUUCAACUGGUUUAGAUAAAGGAAAACUUCCCAUGUAUAAUACUGGAUUUGACCAUAAUGGUGAAGAUGACCUUUAUUAUGCUGAGCUUGCCUUUGAUGACAGGCCUAGAAGCCGAAAGCCAGUUGUUCCUCUAUAUGACAACUCUUCCAACAGGUCACAUAGCUUAAUAUACCAUCUUGCUUUUUCUUUUCUUUUUUCUUUCUCUUCUCUUUUCUUUUCUUUCCCUUUUCUUUCCCCUUUUCUUUCCCCUUUUCUUUUCUCUUUUCUUUUCUCUUUUCUCUUCUCUUUUCUCUUCUCUUUUCUCUUCUCUUUUCUCUUCUCUUUUCUCUUCUCUUUUCUUUUUCUCUUCUCUUUCUCUUUUCUUUUCUUUUCUUUUUCUUUUCUUUCUCUUUUCUCUUUUUUCUUUACUUUUCUCUUUUCUCUUCUCUUUUCUCUUCUCUUUUCUCUUUUCUUUUCUCUUUUCUUUUCUUUUCUUUAA